AUGGGUCAGAAGGCGAAUGCCAAUUUGGCGGUUCGACCUGAGAGCCGCGGGCGUCGGUCUCCAAGUCGCAAGCCCAAGAACCGCAAAGCCGUCCAAAUUGCAAGCUAUGCCUCCGAUGGUGUCAAAGACCACAACAUUUUUAACCUACCCUUGUCCGACUACAAGCUGCUGGCGUUGGUGACCCUAAUUGCUGGCGCUGUCCGUCUGUUCCGCAUCUACCAACCCACCAGCGUUGUCUUUGACGAAGUUCACUUCGGAGGAUUCGCAUCCAAAUACAUUAAGGGGACCUUUUUCAUGGACGUUCACCCACCGCUUGCCAAGAUGCUACUCACCCUCGCAGGCUGGCUCGCCGGCUUCGAUGGCCAAUUUGACUUCAAGGACAUUGGCAAGGACUACACCGAACCGGGCGUUCCUUAUGUUGCCAUGCGAUUGCUACCAGCCAUUAUGGGCGUUUUUACGGUUUCCCUGAUGUUUCUUACCCUUAAGGCCACUGGAUGUCGAACUUCAACGGCAGUUAUGGGUGCUGGCGCUGUCAUCUUCGAUAAUGCUCUUACCACUCAGUCACGUUUGAUCCUUUUGGACUCUCCUCUGAUCUUUUUCACUGCUCUGACUGCGUUGUCGUUCAGCUGUUUCUCUAAUCAACAAGAACUCGGUCCGUCUCAUGCCUUUAAGGGACCAUGGUGGUUUUGGUUGACUGCUACUGGUCUUUCCUUGGGAGCUACGCUGAGUGUAAAAUGGGUCGGUCUUUUCACCAUGGCCUGGGUUGGAUCUCUCACUGCGCUCCAGCUGUGGGUUGUUCUUGGUGACGCGAAGACUGUUACCCCACGACUGUGGUUUAAGCACCUGUUUUCUCGAGUCUUCUGCUUGAUUGUCAUUCCUCUUGGUUUCUAUCUUGCUAUGUUCGCCAUACACUUUAGUUGCUUGGUCAACACCGGCGAUGGCGAUGGUUUCAUGUCGUCCGAGUUCCAGGCCACCUUGAACUCGAAGUCGAUGCAAGAUGUUCCCGCAGAUGUGGCUUUUGGAUCGCGAGUCAGCAUUCGUCACCACAACACUCAGGGUGGAUAUCUGCACUCUCACCCUCACAUGUACCCGACUGGUAGCAAGCAGCAACAGAUCACCCUCUACCCUCACAAAGAUGAGAAUAACGUUUUCCUCUUGGAGAACCAGACUCAACCCCUGGGCCCCCUUGGAGAAAUUGAGGGCCCGUCUGCUUGGGAUAAUCUUAAAUUUACGGACAACUUUAUUGAAGAUGGAGCUGUUAUCAAGCUCUAUCACGAGCUCACCCACCGCCGAAUCCACUCUCACGAUGAGCGCCCGCCCGUGACCGAAGCUGAUUGGCAAUUCGAGGUUUCAGCCUAUGGCUAUGAAGGUUUCGGUGGCGAUGCCAAUGACUUCUUCAAGGUUGAAAUUGUCAAGUCCUUGUCGGAGGGUGCUGAGGCCAAGUCUCGCCUUCGUACCAUCCAAACCAAGUUCAGGCUGGUGCAUAUCAUGACUGGUUGUGUAUUGUUCUCUCAUAAGGUCAAGCUUCCGGAAUGGGGCUAUGAACAACAGGAAGUUACCUGCGCUAAAGGCGGAACUCUGCCCAACAGCGUCUGGUAUAUUGAGUCCAAUGUCCACCCUAUGAUGCCCGCAGAUGCCGAAAAAGUCAACUACCGCAACCCUGGCCUCCUCGGUAAGUUCUGGGAAUUGCAGAAGGUGAUGUGGACGACAAAUGCUGGUCUGAUCGAGUCACAUGCCUGGGAUUCUCGCCCUCCAUCAUGGCCCACCCUUCUCCGCGGUAUCAACUUCUGGGGCAAGGACCACCGACAGGUGUAUUUGCUGGGUAACCCACUUAUCUGGUGGUCAUCCACUGCCGCUAUUGGUAUCUAUUUCAUCUUUAAGGGUAUUGCCCUUCUUCGAUGGCAGCGGAGCUGCAAUGACUAUCAACAUGUUUCUUUCAAGCGCUUCGACUAUGAAGUGGGCACAACUGUUCUGGGAUGGGCCUUCCACUACUUCCCAUUCUUCCUCAUGGCUCGUCAGCUUUUCCUCCAUCACUAUUUGCCCGCCUUGUACUUCGCCAUUAUGGUACUUUGCCAACAAUUCGACUUCAUCACCAGCCGCAUCCAGAGCCUUGGCCUCGCCUCGCGACCUGCAAUUGGCAAGAUCCUGAUAACCGUGUUCUUGGGCCUCAGCAUUGCGGUCUUCACUAUUUACUCUCCUUUAAUCUACGGUAACCCAUGGACACAAGGCGCCUGCCAGCGAGCCAAACUCCUUCCAGGCUGGGAUUUCGACUGUAACCUCUUUCACAGUGACCUGAGCCAAUACGUCACUCAGAUUGGGACACCCGCGGCUCUCCCAACUCAGUCACACGUUCCUCCUCCACCGCCUCCUCAGCAGGCAAUCCCUCAGGCUCAGGUCCCGGUUCAAGAGCCAGAGCCUGAACAGCCCCAGGUGUCGGAAAAGCCCGAUGUUACCAAACCUAGUCUGGCUGGCUCCGUUGCCCGCGUUGAAUACCGUGACCAGGACGGCAACAUUCUCCCGGAGACUUUAGUCGCAUCUCUUCGAGCGGAAGGUAAGGUCAAGUUCGAAACCCGGUAUGAGUCUCAGUCGCGUCUUCAAAAUGCACAUGAAAUUCCUAUCGUCGACGGUCAACUUGCGCCUCCUCACCCGGACGUUGAAGGUCAAAAUCCCGAGACUGGCACCAGUCCUGAGGAUUCUGUUCCUCCUGAGCGACCUGCCUCUGUUGUCGAAGGUAAUGAGCCUUCUGUAGAGCAAGUCAAGACACAGGAGGCCAAACCUGCCAGUGAGGCUAAUGAGGCUACCCAAUAG